UGUCUUUAAAGUAUUUCUAAUGUGCCAAUCACUAGUCUCUAAACAUGAGUCACAUCGUAAGGAGAGGAAGUGGCUAAAACAAGAGCAUUGAUUUCCCUUAUGUAAAGGAGAGAGAUACUGGUUUAAUACAAAGAAUUAGCAAGAUGAGUAUUAUUUUGCUACUGUUGAGUUUUGCUGGAUCAGUACAUUGGGGUUAUAUUUCCUAGAAUUAGCUAAAUUAAGUGAUGGAAAAGAUCCAUUAGGUCACCUUGUUUCUCCCACCUGCAAGUGCAGGGUUGUUGUUUUUUACUGUAUACCUGACUUAAGUCCAGUUUCCAGUGACUCAAAUCAAUAGGGCUUGCACCACUUCCCUCGUGAGACUGUGCCCCAGUCUAACUGGUGGCGAUUGUUGGAGUUUUCUUCUAAUGUAAUCCUAUCAGUGAGGAUUUGCUUUGCCUGAAAUUAACCCCACAAGCUGCUCAGCAAUUGCAUUUGUUUUUAUCCUAGUGCCUUUUAUCAUCUGAGUAAAGCAAAGCACUUUACUAAGCAAAGUACAACAUACUAAUAAUACAGUAGCUGUAAUGGAAUCCACAACAGUUGCCAUCUAGCCUUGGCCAUUAGAUCCUCUAUGUGCAAAUACUGCAAUGAACACUUUCCAAUAGUAUUUGUAUUAUUUCCAAUAGCACUGAUUACCUGAACUCAUGUACAGUAGCAUUCAUCUCUCAGGAUGUUUACACAGAACCGUAUUAGGUGCUUCAGUGAGAAAAAACAAUGUUCUAGGAUUGGUUACUGAAGUGAGUUAUUUUCCCUUUUGAUUUUAAGCCUCCAUUGUUAUGCAGAGCCUUAAUCCUCUGCAGCAUUUCUAGCGAACAUCUGAAUGGACCUUUUGCGAAUUCAGUAGACUUAAGGCUUCUGACCAGCUGUGUUUUUUCACAAUAUAUGUUUAAUGUGUGCCUGUCUCUAAAGAGAGGAAAGAAAACAUUAAAUAUUUAUUAUGUUUCUGUCUGGCUUUUCCUUUCAUCUCUUUUUGAAACACUCAAACCAUGUACAUGAUGGGGUGAUGCAGUUGGAUCAUAUUGUACAAACACCCUCUAACAAGGGCCUGAUCUUGCUCCUGUUGCCUGCAGUGAGAUCAAGGCUCAUGAAUUAUACUGCAGAUGUAACCAUAUAUUUUAUUAGAAUUCCAAAGUUCCUGGGCUUGGUCACUAGAGGGCACCGUUGCCCCAACUGCAAAGCAGGAGAUGGCUUCAGUGCUUAGAUAUCCAUUACUGCACAAUAACUAGUGAUUGUCCAAAUGGAUUUGCACAAGCUUGAUCAUUCCACGGUGUGAGAAUUAAAGAAGCAGAUGUUUGACCUACUUCGCUAAUCUGUGGUAGACAAGUUCAGACUUAGUUUAUAUGUAUCUGUAACACAGUGUUGCAGAAUGUUAUCAAAAGCUGCUAAUUCUUCAUUCACUAAAACUGCUUUCUAGCUUCAAGAGUAUGCUUUGUUCUACUUUGUAUAAAUUGGCUAAUGCUAAGGAGUAAUGACCAGCACUCAUCACACAUUAAGCACUUGGUAACUUUGGAGCAUAAAGUGUGUUCUACAGCACCUGCUCUUUUGAGACCUUGUUAAAGUGAGUUGGCAUAUUCCCUCUCUCUUUAUUUUUUUUUAGAGCUCAUAUAUUUUCCCCAUUCUUAAAUUCUUCAAAUGUUUUUUCCUACCUUGCAAGUAAAACCCCUAGUGCCAAAACCUGAGCAGUUCUGUUCCAACAUACUCAUCAGGUUGCCUAUCUUAGAGAGGGAAGGAAAAAUAGAAGAGUAAAUAGAUUUCAGUUUCAAGCUUCUGAAGUUCGCUUAUGAAACUGUGAAGGAAAAUACAAAAGCAAGAAUAAGAGGCUCAGUUCUUUGUUUAUGAGCAAACCCCAGACUUCCAAGCUAACAGAGGAGAAUGUGAAGCCAUGGACUACUACUGUACAAAAGGAAUAACCUGAAAAGAGGAAAAGUAACCGUCAGCUUCAAGCACAUGAACUGAUCUGAAAGUUACAACCAUGUGGUGUCCGCUGGGAGGCACAUGAGGCCUGUUGGAUAUAGGCAUGCCCAGUUCCCAGUGAGUAGUUUUUCAUGUUUCAUUAAUCUCUAUAACCGCUAGUGAAAAUUGCGCACCCCCUCUCCCUAUGCUGGUAGUGCCAAUAGAGGCCAAAGGUUGAGUGGACCAUGGAGUGGGAAGGACUCACAUGCCUGGAAAGUAGAUCCCUACAGAGCAGGAGUAGGGCACGUUUGCAGGACAGUGUGGGGAAUCUGCACUGCAGCUGCUUUUGCUGUAUUGUAUCUGUCCUGCUUUUAAACAGAGGGCUGUAGCCUUUCGCUAGGGCUAAGUUCACAGAAAAGUCAAAAGAUUGUAUGGUCAAAACCGAAUAUUAGAAUACAGCUAUGGAUGAAGAGCUCUUCUGAUUGGGAGACAACAGUCUGAGUCAGAGGGAAACGGGCACACUCUGACCCUCGCUCCCCCAAGUCGUAGGAUGGUGAAAGAGAGCGGGGGAGCAGGGGGUUGCAAGGAAAGAGAUGGAUCGGUGAAUGCAGAAGGUAAAUCCUGGUUCUUCCAGGCUGUGGCGCUGCUGUUUCAGCACUCCCAAGUUCCUCCUCCCCUUGGCUCUGGCUGCUAGGAAAUGACCUAAGAGGAAACCCGCAGGUUUGCAAUGGAAAGAAUCCGUCUGGUGGCAAUCACUGACCCCAAAGAAGCUGAAAAUUUGCACAGUGACUGUGGAAUUCUGAUGAGCUGGCAAAACCCAUUGAAUGCUCCACUUGGACAUUUGCCCUCCCAGUGUUUGUGACACAAGCCACUGCAGCCCUGCAGUAAACGUUUGAUGCCGCACCGACCAGUGGCUGGUCUCACGUUAGGUUUUGCCACUAACGGCCACUUCCCUAACUGCGCUGUCGGAGCAGGCCAGACAUGGGAGACACAGGCAAAGAAGAGUAUAAGAUACAGUCGUUCGACACAGAGACGCAGCAGUUACUGAAAACUGCUCUCAAAGACCCCAGCAGUGUAGACCUGGAGAAAGUGGCUAAUAUCAUCGUGGAUCAGUCCCUCAAAGACUCUGUGUUCAGUAAGGAGGCUGGGCGCAUUUGCUACACCAUCAUCCAGGCAGAGAGCAAGCAGGUGGGCCAGAGCAUUUUCCGACGGAGUCUGCUUAACCGACUGCAACAGGAAUAUAAGGACCGGGAAGAGCUGCGAGCCCGCUCGCCCCAGGCAUGGAUCUGUUAUGUCACCUUCAUCUGUAACAUCUUUGACUACCUGAGGGUGAACAACAUGCCCAUGAUGGCGCUGGUGAACCCAGUUUAUGAAUGCCUGUUCCGACUGGCACAACCCGAUAGCCUGAAGAAGGAGGAGGAGGUGGACUGUCUGGUGCUGCAGUUGCACCGCAUUGGUGAACAGCUGGAGAAGAUGAACUCCCAGCCAAUGGAUGAGCUCUUCUCCCUUCUCCGAGAUGGUUUUCUCCUGGAGGAGGGGCUCAGCUCACUCUCUCAGCUCCUGUUGCUGGAGAUCAUAGAGUUCCGGGCUGCGGACUGGAAGAUGACAGGUGCGGCUCAAAAAUACUAUUACAGUGAAGUCACAGAUUAAACCUUCCACAGCCAGAACUCUCACCCAGGGGCUCAAAUAGUUUCACCCUGGCACUUUCACGAGCAAAUGUCACAAAUAUGUUUCAGAUAUUUUUAAGUUAACAUUUUUUCUAAUGCUUUUUCUAAAUAGGAUUUAUAUUGUUUACUCCCAAUAGACUCUUUGUACUGUGUCUGCUGGACUGCAACAGGGGACAGUUUUGAUUUGGGGGCAAGGGCAGUUUUAACCUAGCCAGAGCUUCCAUUCUCUUUAUCUAUGGCCCAUGUUAAUUAAUGCCUCUCAAACCGUUUUACAGUAGCAGGCACGAAAGCAUAGCCAAUGGCUUAUACUGAGGUCAACUCUUGUGUGCCAACUCUGUCAGCCACCAACCGAGUUAAGACAAAUGGAAGGAAAAGCUUUUGCAGCUUAUUUGAAAAACUGCCCUCUUUGCUGCUUAUGCCACAUGGAAUCUGUGCCAGACACACAAACCAAGUUUUAAAAACAGUCCUCCAGGAUGAGUCUCACCUUGCUCCCUGUGAAAUCAAUGGCCCUUUACAUGGGUAAUACAAUUAUUAUUUCUCCCAACCCUGCCCUCUGGUAGGCUGGGUGCCUAUGGAAAGCAGAAGCAACACCUGCUCCUGGAGGAAGGACAUGCCACCCAGUGUACAUCAUAGCAGCAAAUUCCUUGAGCACAUGUAGCUAGAAACUGUUUUUGAGUUUUAUAUAGUAACCACUACGGAAUAUUUUUCCUAAAAAGCAAUGUAAUGAACUUCAAUAUUGUACAUUUCUGUUGACAAAAGGGACAGGCAAAGGGGAAAUGUGUUCUAUUGAGGUUUUUUCUAAUAAAAGUUUUACACUAAUGAACACCA